AUGAAAUCAAGCUCAUUAGCUUACCUCCCUUCCCUCCCUGUUGAGCUGGUCGAGUUGGUUGCAGAAUUCAUCGACGCAGAUGGCUUAAUAGCACUUCGCUUAGUCUGUCGCGAGCUUCAGAGGAAAACAUUUCAUCACUUUGCGCAGCGGUUCCUUUCGUCUAUCAAGACCGACCUCUCUGAAGACAGUCUACACCGUAUCAACGCGCUUUCGCAGAAUGUAGAAUUACGUCCUUACGUCAACGGGUUGGCCUUCACACUUCAAAAUGGUGUCGGUCGCGGCUUGGUUUGGGACCGGCACCCAUGGGGUCCCAUCUCCGCUCCUCUAGAGGUCGACGCAAUUCGGUCUCUGCGCGAUAAUCUGACCCAGAAUUUGACUAAUUGUCGUUCUUUCUUUAUUUUUUGUCGAUAUCCGGAGGGUCAUCCAGAUUUGAGCCAUGUCACUAUCACAGACGCGGUCGCAGUGUUCUUUGCCUUGGUCGUCGAUGCUCGUCUACCGGUUUCAUCGUUCCAUCUCAUAUAUGCCAACCAGUACUCGCGCACCUUGAUCAUGGACAUGCGACGUCUUCCUAAGCUUCUCUAUCGGCAGCCUGAGUUCAAGAAUGUGUGGGCCAAUUUACAAAAACUCUCAUUGGAACAAUAUCUCACGUUGGAUAACUUCGGCUUCCUGCUUGAGCUGGUUCUGAGCGCUCCAAAUCUCCAGUCGCUCCUACUAAACCUCGGCUCCCACGAUUUAGCAUCUGAAUUCAUGCAUGAACUGGCUGAGAGUGCCAACUUUUCUCAACUGCACGAACUCGCCCUGUUCCGAACAUCCACUCGAGGUCCUGAUCUCCACAAGCUAAUCACCACUAUCCGGCCAAAUUUGAUUUCACUCACGUUAUAUCAUGUUACCCUGGCACCAGGGGGUGACUGGACUCCAUUUCUCAAGGAGCUCAGUCAGGGAUUUUUGGCUUUGCAAAGCAUCUCGCUGUAUUAUCUCUGGGCCAGUACGCCUGCUAAGAGUCUCCUAAUAUUUCCAGACAUCCCGAAGACGCCUUUAUUGUACACUUCUAAGGGUCAACACCUCAACAAAUUCUACUCGGAAGAUCUCAAAGCUCCCACUGUCCUUGGGAUCGAGUAUUUUGGAUCGAAGAUGUCACAUGUGUUGGAUUUAUUGCAAACAAAUGCUGAAAGACCUUCCGCCCAAUAG